GCUGGCUCUCUGGUACUGCUCCAUUCAGUCUCUCUCUGACAGGCAGGCGGCGUGGAAACAUGGUGCUCGACUUGGACUUGUUUCGGACCGACAAAGGCGGUGACCCUGAAAUCAUCCGCGAGACUCAGAGGAAAAGGUUUAAGGACGUUACGUUGGUGGAUAAACUGGUGGCCGCUGACACGGAGUGGAGAAAAUGCCGCUUCUCUGCAGACAACCUGAACAAAGCCAAGAAUCUCUGCAGCAAGAGCAUCGGGGAGAAGAUGAAGAAAAAGGAACCAGUAGGGGACGAUGAGUCUGUGCCAGAGGAAGCCCAGAACCUGGAGGACCUAACAGCUGAAACGCUGUCGGCGCUGACAGUAACACAGAUCAAAAAGGUGCGUUUGCUUGUGGACGAGGCGGUGGAGAAAACUGACCGGGAGAGGAUGAAGCUGGAGGCGGAGAGGUUCGAGUAUCAGAGGGAGAUCGGCAACCUCCUGCAUCCGUCUGUACCGGUCAGCAAUGACGAGGAUGCAGACAACAAGGUAGAGCGUACCUGGGGCGACUGCAGCGUCCAGAAGAAGUACUCUCACGUUGACCUGGUGGUCAUGAUCGACGGCUUUGACGGAGAGAGAGGAGCCGUUGUGGCUGGGAGCAGAGGUUACUUUCUAAAGGGGCCCCUGGUGUUCCUGGAGCAGGCUCUGAUCAACUUUGCCUUAAGAAUCCUCCACAGCAAGAACUACACCAUGCUGUACACGCCGUUCUUCAUGAGGAAAGAGGUCAUGCAGGAAGUGGCCCAGCUCAGCCAGUUUGACGAGGAACUUUAUAAGGUGAUCGGUAAGAGCAGCGAGAAAUCAGACGACAGCUCCAUCGACGAGAAGUACCUCAUCGCCACCUCGGAGCAGCCAAUCGCGGCCUUCCUGAGGGAAGAGUGGCUGAAGCCUGAGGACCUGCCCAUCCGCUACGCCGGCUUCUCCACCUGCUUCAGGCAGGAAGUGGGCUCCCACGGGAGGGACACCCGCGGCAUCUUCAGGGUGCACCAGUUCGAAAAGAUAGAGCAGUUCGUCUACGCCUCCCCUCACGACGGAAAGUCAUGGGAGAUGUUUGACGAGAUGAUCGGAACAGCAGAGGAGUUCUACCAGUCACUGGGAAUUCCUUAUCGCAUCGUCAACAUCGUCUCCGGGGCCCUGAACCACGCAGCCAGUAAGAAGCUGGACCUGGAGGCCUGGUUCCCCGGAUCAGGGGCCUUCAGAGAGCUGGUCUCCUGCUCCAACUGCACAGACUACCAGGCCAGGCGGCUCCGCAUCCGCUACGGACAGACCAAAAAGAUGAUGGAUAAGGCAGAGUUUGUGCACAUGUUAAAUGCGACCAUGUGCGCAACGACACGCGUCAUGUGCGCCAUCCUGGAGAACUACCAGACGGACGAAGGCAUCGUCGUUCCAGAGAAGCUCAGGGACUUCAUGCCUCCCGGUUUGACGGAAAUCAUUAAGUUCGUUAAGCCGGCCCCCAUCGAUCAGGAGAUGUCCAAGAAAGCAAAGAAGCAGCAGGAUGGAGGGAAGAAAAAGAAGAAGAUGGAAGGAGGAGACCAAAACCUCCCCAACGCCAUGGAGAGCAUGUCUGUCAACGACUCAUAGACCCCGUCGGCCUCCACCCACCACCAACCUCACCGCCCCAAACUGAAGGAACAGUCUUCAGUUAGUUUAGACUGGAAAAGCAGGAAACGGCUAUUUUAAAUCGUGUUAAACAUCAUUUAAGGGAGGCUUUCCUGUUCCGUCAGUCUCUGCCUAAACUCAGCAGGAAAAACUUCUUACAACCAGUUGGUGCAAUUCUGAUUCACAUCCAUAUUCACUUUAUUCAGUUACUUUCUGUGAUCGAUUAAAUUCAGAUGAGCCGAUAGUAUCGAUCAUAUUGGGCAGAUCUAAUCAUUCGAUAUGCAGUUUUAACAUGUUUGGCAGAUGUCAUUAAAUGUUUAUGUUGGGCUUUCCUUCCUGUCAUCUCAUCGCAUUCAUCAUCACUGUCGCUGCUUAACGUCAAUGAUGUCUGAUAUUGACGUUCCCUGUAUGGACUUUGAUUUCAAAAUAAAUGUAUAUGAAUGCAUAUUGAUGAAAUGGCACUUACUGUACGCAAUAAAUGCAGCGGAUAUGA